AUGUCUGUUGACUCGAUAUGGACAGUUUGCGAGAGAUCAAUGUACUCUUAUGAGAUGUGUCGCAUUGAGAAACCAGAGUCAGAGUGUCUGCGGUUUGCCGCUGCAGUAUCUGGUUGUACACAAAGAGUUAUGGAGGAAUUGAUGAUUGACUGCUCCAGCGAGUUGAAUGAUGCCGUUAGAUGUAUGGACACGAAUGGAAGUACAAAGAAGUGCGAUAAAGAGAGGAUAGAGCUGACGAACUGCUUCAAGGUUAAGUCAUUCGACAAGUUCCAAGGCGAAUAA